UAAAUGUCUGCGUGAGGACGAGACUAGACCCGGUUCAUUCAGGCUCGUGCUGUUGCAUAACCCACUCGGGUUUUUGGCUAACACUGGAAAGCAUCAUAAGCAUGCAAGCGACGUCGUUCUGGGUAGCCAAGUUUCCAUUUGGCGUAAGGGCGCAGCAGCACCCAACCGUGAAGAGAGACUCCAUGGCCGAGUCCACCGUCCCCAAGUGGGCCCAAAAAACCGUCAGCUUGCCCCCUCUCCGGCGCGGCUGUCAUCUUGUCACUUCCAAGAUAGUGAAGGAAAUUGAGCAAGACCUCUCCGGCUUCAAGUGUGGCCUAGCUCAUCUCUUCUUGCAGCACACCAGUGCUUCUCUUACCAUCAAUGAGAAUUAUGACUCAGAUGUUCGCGAGGAUACCGAAACCUUCCUCAAUCGGAUAGUUCCCGAGGGGUCAUCUGCGCCAUGGAAGCAUACUCUAGAGGGGCCAGAUGACAUGCCAGCUCAUAUUAAAUCAUCGAUGUUUGGUUGUACACUCACGAUACCGAUUACAAAUGGCAAGCUUAACAUGGGGACAUGGCAGGCACAUUCAAGGAGUUCAAUCAAUGCUUCCAUUGUCGAUAGUGUUCCAAAAGUAGUUGUCUCCAGCAAUGUUGUUAAAUGGCAGCACCAUGGCGGAAUAGUGUGGUGGAUUUUUCCAGACCGCCAUAGGCAAUUUGUGAAGGGAGGCCUGCUAUGCUGGUGCCAUAGGCCGCAAUGGUGUGUUUAUAUGGUGGAAUUUUGGCCUUCCGCUAUAUUCUGCCAUCUGUCAUUGAUAACACUGGUCUCCAGUAAUUCACUAGUGAUGCCAUAUACUGGGAGAGGGAUAUAUAUAUAUAUAUAUAUAUAUAUAUAUUUCAUUAUUUCAUAAUGAUUGAUACAUAAUACUCUAUAUACUAUUUGUGAUUAGGACAAACCUAUUAUUUCACGAACAAAUUUAAAAUCUCACAAUACUGUCCUUCAGGAUCUGUAGUUCUCACAUUGCAUAUUUGAAGUUUAUAUAUCACUGUAUGACAUUUCAUCCA